CCAGUGAAAUUAAGUUAUCAAUUGCAUUAUGGUCGAUAUAUUUAUAUAUUUAGUUUAAUAUAUAUUUUUUAUGUUUGUGCUAAAAAUUAAAAAUGGGUAAUUGCAUUAAUUAUGUUAUGACUCUGGCGAAUAGUAUAAUUGGCGUAGGUGUUCUAGCAAUGCCCUUUUGUUUUCAAAAAUGCGGUAUUAUCCUAGCAAUUAUUAUGAUUUUGCUUAGUAGCAUAAUUUCCAGACUGUCUUGUCAUUUUCUAUUGAAGGCUUCGAUUUAUUCUAGGAGAAAAAACUUUGAGUUUUUAGCAUUCCAUGCUCUCGGUUCCACUGGAAAACUAUUGGUCGAACUAGGUAUCAUAGGUUUCCUAAUGGGUACAGUAAUUGCAUUCUUUGUUGUGGUUGGUGAUUUGGGACCCGAAAUCAUUGCAAAAGCUCUUAAUAUAGAAUCAAGUCAAUCAUUAAGAUCAUGGCUGUUAAUUUUAAUUACAAUUGGCUGUGUUAUACCUUUAGGAUUAUUAAGAAAUGUAGAUAGCUUAUCAAGCAUUUGUACCGUUACAAUAGGAUUUUACAUUUGCUUGGUUAUUAAGGUAAUGCUUGAAUCAACUCAACACAUUAGUGACUCAGAUUGGUUUGAUAAAGUUGAAUUAUGGAAUCCAUCAGGCAUACUUCAAUGCCUCCCAAUAUUUUCAAUGGCUUUAUUUUGUCAAACGCAGAUUUUUGAAAUAUACAGUCGUAUGGAGAAUGCUUCUUUAGAAAAAAUGAAUUUGGUUGUUAAAUGGGCAAUAAAUAUAUGUUCUAUGGUUUAUAUUUUAGUUGGAUCUUUUGGAUAUAUAGCAUUCUGUCAUCAGCAUUUUGGAGGAAAUAUUCUCUUGAGUUUUUCUCCUACUCCAAUGAGUGACAUAAUCAAGAUGGGCUUUGUUUUGUCGGUUGCAUUUAGUUUUCCUCUAGCAAUAUUUCCUUGCAGAUCUAGUCUCUAUUCACUCUUAUUUAGAAGGGUAACAUCUCAGCAUGAGGUGCUACCAACAGUCAUGCCUGAAAGGCGUUUUCGCUGUUUAACUAUUUUCAUAGUUGCUGUGGGUCUCGCAGUAGCCAUGGCCAUUCCUUCCAUCGAACUUGUUUUGGGUUUAGUAGGUUCUACGAUGGGUGUUGCAGUUUGUGUGCUAUUACCAGCAGCAUGUUAUGUGAAAGUUGUCACUAAGCAAACUAACGAGAGAUUACUUGCCCAGGUAGUCCUUGUAACAGGUGUUUUAAUAAUGAUAUUUGGAACUUAUGCAAAUUUAUAUGCGAUGGAUGAAGCUGCAUCAAUUAACUCAGAAGAUUCAAUUGUGAAAAAUGAAAUUGUGCUUGUGCCCUUGGAUGAGGUAAAAAUGAAGUUAGAUGAAAAAUCAACUAUAAAUAAAAAUUCAGAGGUGAUUCUGAAUGAUGAAAAAAUUGAUAGGUUAUUGAAACCUGACAAUAAAAUAAUUAAAACAUUACCUAAAGAUCAAAUAAUUGAAUCUCCCCCAUUACCCGUAGAGAAGGAUGAAUUAGUGCAAGUAGUUGAACUUAUUAAAGAAGCAACUGUAAAGAAAGAAGAAGAAAUAUCAAAUGAUAAAACUCUUUAUGAGGUAAAACCAAUAGAAACCAAAAGAACGGAUAAUAAUGAAGAUACAGCGAUCAAAUUGGGAAUUGACAAAGUCCCAAAUGAAAUUAGUGUUGACGCCAUUAAAAAGGAAGACCAUGAAAUUAGUUUAGAGAAGAAUAACUUAUUGGAAAGUACCAAACUCAUGGUAGAGGGGAAGUCAAAAAUUGAUAUUAAAUCAUCUAAAGAAGAUAAAGAGAUAAUAAAUAAAGGUGACAAUAAAUUGAAGUCAGAGGUCAUUACUGAAGCCAUAAUAAUAGAAAAAAUUAAAAAAGAAAAACAACAGUUAGAUGACGAGUUUGAAAGCAAAAUUGUUCUAAAUAGCAAUUUGUUAGUUAAUAUGAAUAUUAAAAAUAUACAGACAUCAAAAGAUGAUAAAAUAGAGAAAAAUGAUUCAAAAAUAAAGACAAAUAAUUUAAACUCAGUUGUCAAAGAACCAAUGCAGGAUAAAAAAAAAUCUGAUGAUGUUGUUCAAAAUGACAUUGAAAAGAAACGGGUGGUUGAUAAAAAAAUUGAUACAAGUAUUCAAAAUAAUUCUCCAAAAAUUAGCAAAGAUGUUGAAUCCAACAUAAAUAAUGUUGCAAAAGCAGUGCCAAUUGCGUCACACAUCAAAAAGGUAGAAAGUGAUCAAAAAGUUAUGCAGCUGGAGUUGAAUAAGAAAAAGAUAGAUAGUGAAAUGAAUAUGAAGAUCAAUUUAACAAAACCUAUUCAAGAAGUGCCAAUAGCACUACUAAACAAUAAUACUAAGCAAAAAGUUGAAAAUGAAAUAUCACAUUUUGAUAAAAAUAAAGAUCAUUAUGAUAGACUUAAGAGAGAUACAUAUCACACAGAAAAAGAUGAGAAUUGUCAAAAAAAUGAGAAUAAUAAUGUACAUAAUGAAAUAAAUACAAAACUUGUUUCUGGCAUUAAUAUACUGAACUCAGAAAAUACUCUGAAGGACAGUUUAUUUUUAGAGGUUUUGAAACCUUCGAUCAGGGAUCUAAAAUCGAUAGAAGAUAAUUCCAAAAAAUAA